UCCUCUUUCACCCAGUUGCAAGCCGCUCGGUAGCAGAGGGAAUGAAAGAUGAUGGAUGGAGAGAGGCAGCUCAAGGAGCAGUUAAGAUGAGACAAAAUUUGGGUCAAAAGCAGGUCAAAGGGGAAUUCCAAACCUAACCGCACAUGUUCCACGAAGAUAGUGAUCCACCCAACCGGGCACCACCCACAACGACGAGCGGAGGAAGGAGCGGCGUGCUCCUAGUCAGUAGGCAGCUGGUGCCUCUUCAGCUGCUUGAGCACUUGGACAGGGGAGUACGCGGGAUCGUAUGGCGGUCAGUAUUCGUACACGACGUCAGGAACCUCCUCACCUUCCCACAUAUCCUCAUGAAGGCGCACACGGUACGUCUCAUCCGCAAUCGCCUGAAAUGGGUGGACACGAGGUGCUUCCGACAGCGCUAGAGAUGGAGAGUUUGCAACAGAAUCCUCCGCGCAUAUGUCGUCGGGAUCACCUCUGGGAGCGCUCCCCAACGACAAUUCUACCAGAGGCGCUCUUGUAGUCUAAUCUGAAUUUUUGUGGCAGUAUAGACUGGUUUGGUCUUUGUCUCGUGGCGGUAUAGCCUGUUUGAUCAUGUGUGUCAUGGCGAAAAGGUCAAAGGAUAUUUGAAAGCUAACUUGAUGACGAGUGGCAUAGAGUUGUCUGCUUGAUAUGAGUUACUGAAUCAAUUUGUUGAGUCUAGCUAGAUCUUAGGUAUGUGUCAAACUUGAUUUGGUAAAGAUUGUCUAACCUUCGUAUUGGUGGGCAAAUGCAAGAUGUUAUAUGAUGUGAUAUAUGUUGAUGAAAAUCUAGUUUAAGUGAAUUUUUAGAAUGAUUUGAAUUCAUGAGAUUAGCCAUCUAAUGCAUGAUGUUGUAUGUUUAGUUUGAAGUGCAUUUGAAAGAUUUAUUGUAUGAAGAGUCAUAUGAUGAUGUCUUGAAGAGUAUGCGUAUGAAAGAGUAUGAUUGAUCCUCAUGGUUUAUCUAUUUUAUGUCGAGGAUGAUCUUAAAUCGAUCAUCCACAAGGAACUAUGCCAAUGGGUUCAUUCUUCCUUUGACAUGUCAUUAUCUCGUGGUAAUAGACUUGUCAUCUAGCAUUUUGUCUUUGUCUGCUCAGUGAGCUCAAUGUAUGUCAUAUCUGGAGACUGAUGGAAGAAUGGUCCCGUGUUUUCUCCAACUUGGACACUGGUGCUUGAGUGGCUGAUGUGUUAGCCAUAUGAUCCUCAAUAUAUAUGCGUGGUGAAUUGGUUGUGUAGAAGGAUUUUGUAGCAUGGUGGUUUGAGGAUAUGUGCUCCCUUAGCUUGAUUGAUAUUCUUGCUAUGAGAGUAUGUCGUGCUUGGCUUAGAGGAAUUUGUCAUCUCGAGGUAUUGUCUUGUUGAUGUUGAUUUUCUAAAGAUGUUUGAUUGACCUUGUCGAGAGGUAUGAAGUAACAAAAUACUUCGUUGGAGGAUAGCUUCAGUAACCCGUUGGUUCAAUGAAUUCGGGGUAUCCUGAGAUAUUUUUGGGGCAGGAUAUUUGGGUAGUUUGCUUUGUGAGGGUUUGAAAUUCUUCAUCAUCUAGGAUACAUCAUUGUUGUUGGACACUUUAUGUCCUGCUGGUACCAACUCUGAGUUUUGUGGUUGGCCAGUCUAGGGUACGACACACCUAGUCUUGUGUUGUGUAUUUCAUUUGGUAUUCAUGGUACAAACGAGCUUGUUCUUAUAGUCAGGUCGCUCAAUGAUAUUUUAACUGACUGGUUGGGUAGCUUGAACAGGGUGAUUCAAGAUCUUUGACAUUUCCUGUUUACUCAUGAUUUGAAGAGUUGGGACAUCCACUUUCUUCUUUCUUAUUGGGUAGCACCAGUUUGCCCCCGAGAAUAUGUCAUUUGCAUUCAGGUUUUCGGAACAAAGUGUGACUUUCACCAAUCUUGAAUUAGGAUGAAUGCAAACAAUGUUUGAAAAAUCUCAUUUGAGGAAGUAUGAUGGGAACUUGAUUUUGGAAAUCGAAGCCUUGUAUGAGGGAAGUGGGCGCAACUUGAAUAACAAGAUUUUUGUGUGGUUAAUGUAGAAUCAGAGAGAAAGGAAAAAUUGUGCUUUUAUUGAUUUCGAAAGAUUACACACCGCAUAAAACAAGAACCCUAGCCAAGCCAAGAAGCUUGGCUCUUUGAAAGAAAGAAACACAACACUCAAAUCCUCACUUCCCAAGAAUCAAUCACCCGGUUUACACACCCUAUGAUUGAUCUACUGAAGUUAGAUCAAGAAAGGACCCAUGACGAA